AUGUUGAUUUUGGUUAAUUUGGAAAAUGUUCUGUUUAUCAUAGAAUUUCUAAUUGAAGGAGAAAAUAUUGCCAAUUCAUGGAGUAAUACAACGGGACAAUCAAAUAACUCAGCAUUACCAUUAGCAGCAGAAAGAACACGCAGGAUUGACCCUAGUAGUCAUUUCAGUUACUAUGAGGCUGGAUGGGAUAUUACCAAUAAACAUUAUAUUCUGUCUCUUGCUUUUUCUGGUAUUCCUUUGUUUGUCAUUGCUGCUUUCUGGUGUUUCACUGUUGCAACAUGCUUCACCAUCAUAGCUUGUUGCUAUUGCUGCGGCCACAACAGGAAAAAGUCUAGGACAGAUUACUCUCGAAAGGCUUAUACAAUAUCUCUCAUCUUUCUCUCAGUCUUCUUGAUCGUCACAAUAAUUGGAUGCAUUUUCCUUUACAAUGGACAGGGGAACUUCCAAAGUACUGCAAGGGACGUGUCAGAUAUUCUUGUCAUGAAAGCAAAUUCAGUGGUUGAUAUCGUUCAUAAUGUAUUGAGGAAUCUUGCAGCGGCUAAGAAAAUAGAAAUAGCUCAAUAUUAUCUUCCAGAUGAUAUCAAGCAUAGCAUUGGAAAGGUUGAAAGAUUUGCCAAUCAAAGUUCAAAUAUUAAGAGCCAACCAGAGAAAAUAGCAAAAUUCUCAACUGAACUCCUGAAUGAUAUAAGCCGUAGUCUUGUUGCAGUUAGUGCUGGAAUGCUUAUAUUGACAGUUGUUGGAUUCAGUAAUGGGGUAGGAGACACGUGUGCUGCAAUGGAUGAUUGGCUUCAGCACCCACAAGAUCAUAAUACAGCUCUAAGCAAACUUCUUCCUUGCAUGGAUGAGGCAGCAGCCAGAAGAACCUUGGACAUAACCAGAAACACCUCUUUCCAAAUAACCAAUUUGGUUAAUGCAUUUGUGGUUAACGUAGCCAACAACCAUGUUCCUCCAUUUUUACAAGAUUUCUACUACAAUCAAUCUGGUCCAUUCAUGCCCCUCCUGUGCAAUCCAUUUUUUCCUAACUUGACUGAAAGGACAUGUGGUCCCUCUGAAUUGAACUUAAAGGGCGCACCAACUGCGUACCAAAGUUUUGUGUGUGACACUUCCCCAUCUGGUCUCUGCAUGACAAUGGGAAGAUUGACUCCUUCACUCUACACACAGGUGUUGGUGGCUACCAACAUGAGUGACACACUGCAUCGUUAUGGUCCAUUCCUGUCUCGCGUAGUAGAUUGUACCUUUGUUGCAGAAACCUUUGCUCAAAUCAAUGAGGAAGAUUGCCCCUUGUUAAGGAGAUACAGCAACCAAGUCUUCAUUGGCUUGGUGUUGGUUUCAGUUGCAGUUAUGUUUUCUGUGAUUUUGUGGCUAGUUUUUGUUAGAGAGAGAUGGUUACAAAUAUCUUCAAAGAAGUUGAGAACACCAUAUGCUGAGCUUCGAUGA